AUUUUCUAUGAUUACGUUUCGACCCUUUUCGCCGUUCCUUCCAUCUCUCUUUUUUUAUAUUCCUUUCUGACCUUCCCUGAUAAUUCUUCCUUGAUUUAAGAUUCUUCUUCGUUUAAUGCUCUUUCUUUGUGUCAGACUUUCCUGAUUUCUUCUUCAAACAGGAAACUUGAAGACGAGAUCUUGCGAGGAAACUGAAUUUUAGCGCUCGAAAAAUACAGAUCCGAGGUUAAUCAUGGCGGAAGAGCACAGAUGCGAAGCACCGGAAGGGCACCGUCUAUGCGCCAACAACUGCGGCUUCUUUGGCAGCCCAGCCACGAUGAACAUGUGCUCCAAAUGCUACAGAGACUAUUGCCUUAAGGAGCAUCAACAAGCCUCCAUCAAAGCCUCCCUUUCUGCUUCCUCUCCUUCCUUCUCUCUCUCAUCAGCAGCCGAGUCCUUCUCAUCUCUCACCCAACCGGAGAUCACUGGAGAUGUACAGAACACGGUGGCGGAGAUAGCUACGGCGAUGGGGACGGUGCAGCAGCCUAGUCGGUGUUCGUUGUGCAGAAAACGGGUCGGUUUGACCGGGUUCAAGUGUCGGUGUGGCACCACGUAUUGUGGGACCCACAGGUACCCGGAGAAACACGAUUGCACGUUCGAUUACAGGACGGCUGGUAGAGAAGAGAUUGCGAGGGCUAAUCCGCUGGUCAAAGGUGAAAAACUCGAGAAGAUCUAGACUAUUGAUGGCCUCAAUCAGGACCGUGCAAAAACCAAAUAUCACGUAUUUGAACGCAGAUUGAUGUUCUGUUGAUGACUACCGUUGAUCAGGGCCGUUCAUCUUGCAUUGAUGUUUAUAAACAUAUUGCUUUUUUAAGUUGUUAAUUUGAUGUGGGUUUUACUGUUUUUGUAAAAAAAUGAAACAAAAAAAGUCGUUUUCUUGGUGGAGUUGAAAGGUGAGUGCUGGUUUGGUUGGUUCCGUGUAGAUUCUUCCUAAGCUUGGACCUUUUGUCCGAGUUGUAAUGCUUCAUCCAGUCACAUAUUUGAUAUUUAUUGAAAUGCUUCUCUAUCAUAUAA